CCAUUGCCGCGCCUGUCAAAUCCAUACACAUGCAUGGUUUUGGUAAUUCGUAUGCUCUUUGCUCAUCAUGUUUCGCAUAAGAAAUUUAAAAAAUAAAUCCCUUCAUUCAAUAAAUUUCAUUCGAAAAUGUUCACAUCAGCCGAGCUAUUCAAUAACUGAAAAAAACGCCGAAAAAAUCGUAUCCAUAAAUCUGGGCAAUGAUAAAAAUAUCAAAUUAUCAACGGGAAAAUAUGCUCGGUUUGCCAAUGGAACGGGCGUUUGUGAAGUGGGAAAGACAUCGAUGAUGGUUACGGCUGUUUCAAAGGAUACACCAAAUAAUUCCUCAUCAAAUUUUAUGCCAUUGACUGUUGAUUUUCGCCAAAAAUAUGCGGCCGCCGGACGAAUUCCAACAAAUUUUUUGCGACGAGAAUUGGGUGUUUCAGAACGUGAAAUUCUUUCAUCACGUUUAAUUGAUCGUUCGGUUCGGCCAUUAUUUCCAGCCCAUUUUAAUUGUGAAACUCAACUUGUGUGUAAUAUGCUUGCAUUAGAUUCUGUUUAUAUUCCCGAUGUGCUUAGCAUAAAUGCAGCAUCGUUUGCAUUGGCAAUCAGUGACAUUCCAUGGAAUGGGCCAGUCGGUGCAGUUCGAUUAGGUUUAAUUGACGAAAAAGUGAUUGUAAAUCCAUCACGUUUCGAACUACAAUCGUCCGCUUUGGAUUUAGUUCUAACAGGCACAUUAGAUAAAUUAAUAGUUAUGAUUGAAGGAAAGGCGAAUUCAAUUCCAAUACCAUUUAUUUUGAAAGCAAUCAAUACUGGCAGCAAAGCAUGUCACACUAUCUGCGCAGCAAUUGAUGAAUUUCAAAAGAAAUAUGGUAAAAAAAAACGUGAAGUUAAAAUACCCACACCAAUUGAUUCGGAAAUCGUUGAUGCCAUUCGAUCCAUGUGUGAAAUGCGACUGAAUGAAGUUUUUCAAAAUUCUUCACAUGAUAAGAUGAGUCGAGAUCAGGCCAUCAAGGGAAUACGUGACGAUGUUGUUAAUCGUGUAUGGUCAAGUUAUUCAAGCGUUGACCCUGCCAUUAUUACCGAUGAAUUUAAUAAAAUUGUGAAGAGUAUUUUUCGUGAGCUUAUUUUUCUGAAUAAACGAUGCGAUGGACGUGAAUUAGAUGAACUGCGUCCUAUUUCGUGCGAAGUAAAUCUACAUGAACCAUUGCAUGGAUCGGCUUUAUUUCAACGUGGUCAAACUCAAGUUAUGGCCACCGUUUCAUUAGAUUCCACUGAUAGCUCUAUGAAAUUGGACACAUUGUCUUCAUUAAAUACUGGCGUAAAAUCGAAAAACUUCUUUCUUCACUAUGAGUUUCCACCAUAUGCGACGGGCGAAGUGGGCAAAGUUGGUACAGUUGGAAGACGUGAAAUUGGCCAUGGUGCACUUGCUGAAAAAGGCUUACUGCCAAUCGUUCCGAACAAUUCACCGUUUGCAAUGCGCUUAACAGCAGAAGUAUUAGAAUCAAACGGUUCCAGUUCAAUGGCAACCGUGUGUGCAGGUACAAUGGCAUUGAUGGAUGCGGGCGUUCCAAUAUCAUCACCAGCAGCUGGAGUUGCCAUGGGCUUAGUAACCAAAUAUAAUCCUGAAAAUCCGACUGAACUUACCGACUAUCGCAUUCUAACCGAUAUUUUAGGAAUUGAAGAUUACUUGGGCGAUAUGGAUAUGAAAGUAGCAGCAACAAAAGAAGGUUUAACAGCGAUACAGGCCGACAUUAAAACGCAUGGUGUACCAAGAUUAAUUAUAACGAAAGCUAUAGAACAAUCAAUAAAGGCAAAGAAUAAAAUAUUACAUAUUAUGCAAAACUGCAUAAGUGCGCCGCGAAGUUCGCGAAAAGAAUGUUGGCCAGUGACAAAAGAAUUGAAAAUCGAUCCAAAUCAGCGCAGUCAACUGAUUGGACCGGGUGGUAUGAAUUUGAAAAAAAUCUUCCUCGAAACUGGUGUUCAUUUAUCAGAAACCGAACCAAAUACAUACAAUAUUUUUGCACCGUCGCCGAUGUCGUUAAACGAAGCAGAGGAAAUGAUAAAAGAGCAAUUAACGUCAAAGAAUAAACCAAAUUUUGAAUUUGGUGGAAUUUAUGCAGCAAAAAUUGUAGAAAUGAAGGAAAAUGGUGUGAUGGUCAAAAUGUACGAUGAAAUGAACCCAACAUUUAUCCAUGUAGCUCAACUGGAUAGUAGACGUGUUGCAAAUCCGGAAGCAUUGGGAUUCGAAGUAGGUCAUGAAAUCAAAGUGAAAUAUUUUGGCAAUGAUCCUGUUUCUGGAUAUAUGCGAUUAUCGAGGAAAAUGAUUACGACUACUUCCAUCACCUGUUAAUAGAUCUUAAAAAGUAAACGGAUGUACGAUUCAUUUUUAUUUUGAUUUAGAAUAUAAUAAAAAAAACACGAUUAAAAAUCAAA